AUGCGUAAGGCAGUAAUAGGAAUUAAUUGGGUAUACCAUUUAGCCUCAGACAUAGGAGGAAUGGGACUUCUUCAUGAAUCAAACAACUUUGUUUCAUACAGAAAUAACCAUUUAGUCACAACCAACAUAGUGCAAGCUUCAAUUGAAGCUGGAAUAGACAGAUUUUUUUAUGCAUCAUCAGCGUGCACCUACUCACGUGAGAAACAGCUGAAUCAGGAUGAAGAAAACGAUGUAUGGUACCUCAAUAAUGGAUCUAGUCCUCAAGGCUUAUACGUUAAUGAACAUGGCUAUUAUGAAAUAGAGCUAAAGAAUUCUGAUAAUCAAUUCCAAAGUUUUUUAUAUAUCAAAGAUUGUAUCGAUGCCAUAGUUAAUUUAAUGGAAAGUGAUUAUUCAAAACCAUUAAACAUUGGAUCUGACAAUACUUUGUCAAUAAGAGAACUAGCUUAUAUUGCUUUCGAAACUAUUGGAAUAAAAACAAGAGAACAAGUCAAAUUGAUAACGGAUGAUACCAAAUCUGUCGGUAUUCAUUCAGAUACACUUAUUAAUCAAGUUCUAGGAUGGACACCUGAAGUGUCUAUGGAAAAAACGGCGAUGUGGAUAAAAAAUGAGAUUGAGAAAGAGCUAAAUAAAUGUGAAAAUGA